ACAAGUUACGUUACGUCACGUGGCGGGGGCGAAGAUGGCGGACUCGGAGAUGUGUGUCAGGAGCAGCCGGGAAUUAUGGACCAUUUUACUGGGGAGGUCUGCACUGAGGGAACCGGCUCAGAUAGAGGCAGAAUUGGACAGACAUUGGGAAAGAUUACUUCAAGGGCUAUGUUACUACAAAGCCCCCAGUUCCUCCUCGGCAGAUAAACUGAAAGCGGACAAAGAUGUGGCUCAACCCCUGAAAGACUUUGGUCUGAGGAUCAGCAAACUGCUGGGUCUGGAUCAGCAACAGAGUGUACAGAUUUUGCAAUGUUAUCUACAAGAAGAUUACAGAGGGACACGCAACAACCUAAAGGUUGUUCUUCAGGAUGAGAGACAGAGCCAGGCCCUACUCCUGAAGAUUGCUGAUUAUUACUAUGAGGAGCGUGUGUGCCAUUUGCGAUGCGUCCUCCUCCUGCUAACGUACUUCCAGGAUGAAAGACAUCCCUACAGGGCGGAGUACUCAAACUGUGUGAACAAGCUGGAGAAAGACCUGGUCAACAACUACCAGAAGCAGUUUGAGACACUGUUUAAAGCUGAAGCUCCAACAUGGGAGACGCAUGGCAACCUCAUGACGGAGAGGCAGGUGUCACGGUGGUUCACCCAGUGUCUGAGGGAGCAGUCUCUGCUGCUGGAGAUCCUUUUCCUGUACUAUGCCUACUUUGAGAUGGGCCCCGGAGACCUGUUCAGCUUCACCAAGAUGUUCAAGGAGCAGGGCUUCGGUUUGAGACAGACCAAUAGACACCUGGUGGACAAGAGCAUGGAUGCCCUGGUUGACCGCAUUGGGUACUUUAGCUCCCUGAUCUUGGUUGAAGGCAUGGAUAUAGACUUCCUCCACAAGUGUGCCCUGGAGGACCGCACAGAGCAGCACCAGUUCUCAAACACUCCUGACAUCAGCAAGGAGAUGGACCAGAUGCUGCUGACGUUUGGAGACAUUCCCCACCACGGGCCGGUGCUGCUGGCCUGGGUGCUGCUCAGACACACCCUGAGCCCAGACGAGUCCAGUCCAGUCAUCAGACGCAUCGGGAACAUGUCCCUACAGCUGGGGGUGUUCCCGUACCUCACCACCAUGCUGCAGGGCCUGGGGGGUUCUGGGAAUAAUUGCACUGCCAGCACAGCCAGGAUGUGUAUCUACGGCCUCCUCUCCUUCGUCAUCACGUCAUUUGAAGAGGAGACGCUGGGCAGCCAACAGCACCUGAUCAACGCGGCAUGUGAAGUCCUGUCUGCCCCCAGUCUGGCUGAGCUCUUCUGGGAAACGAAGCCCAAUAUGGGAUUGGGGAUGAUCCUGGAUAGUGCUGUAGGAAUGUUCCCACACAAGACUGGUCCGCUGUUACAGCUCCUCACUGCACUGUUGUCAGACAAGUCCACUGCAAAGAAGGUGUAUACCUUCCUGGACAAGAUGUCAUUCUACACAGAGGUCUACAAAACCAAGCCCUGUGACAUCAUCUCCAGAGAGGACGAGACCCUGUGGAGGAGACAGGCACCCAAACUCAUCUAUCCCCUCGGCCUGGGCCAGACUAACCUGCGGAUGCCCCAGGGGGUUCUGGGCCAGGUGGUCGUGGGGGAGCAGGGCUACAUGGUGCGCUGGGACUACUCCUACAGCGCCUGGACACUGUUUACCUGUGAGAUAGAGAUGCUGCUCCACGUGGUAUCAACCGCAGAUGUGAUCGUACACUGUGAGCGUGUAAAGCCCAUCUUGGACCUGGUCCAUCGGAUGAUCAGUACAGACUGGACUGUGUCUGACUGUCUGCUGCCCCUCACCUCCCGCAUCUACAUGUUACUGCAGAGGUUGACGUCGGUCAUCAACCCUCCUGUGCCCGUCAUUGCGUCCUGUGUGAACUGCCUCAUCGUCCUCGCUGCUCGGAUGCCUGGCAAGGUUUGGUCCAGUCUGCACCACACUGGCUUCCUGCCUUUUGCCUCCUCUCCUCUGACCAACAUGGUGCAGUCCAUCAGUGCUGAGGGAAUGAAGGCGGGUAACUAUGGAAAUCUGCUGGUCCUGAUUGAGCAGCCCAGAGGGGAGUACGCCGUGACCAUCGCCUUCCUGCGCCUCAUCACCACCCUGGUCAAGGGCCAGCUGGGCAGCACCCAGAACAAGGGUCUCAUCCCCUGUGUCCUGCUGGUGCUCAAGGAGAUGCUGCCCACGUACCACAAGUGGCGCUACAACGCCUACGGGGUCAGAGAGAGGAUUGGUUGUCUGAUCCUGGAGCUGGUCCAUGCCAUCCUUAACCUCAGUCCAGACGGAGAGGCCAGUGGCAGCACCCCGACCUUGCAGUCCCUGUGCAUCUACAGCCUGGCCAACGCAGAGUCUGGUCAGGCUGUGGUCAACAUCAUGGGCGUUGGAGUGGACACCAUAGACCUGGUCCUGGCUGCCCAGCCCAGCAGUGGUGGCUCGGAGGGCCCGGGUCAGAUCCUCAUCCAGACAGUCAAGCUGGCCUUCUCCGUCACCAACAAUGUGAUCCGCCUCAAGCUGCCGUCGGAGGCCGUGUCGCCCCUGGAGCAGGCCCUUACGCAGCACGGCGGCCAUGGCAGCAACCUAAUUGCCGUGCUCGCCAAGUACAUCUACCAUAAACACGACCCGGCCCUGCCACGGCUCGCCAUCCAGUUACUGAAGAGGCUCGCCACCGUGGCUCCCAUGUCUGUGUAUGCCUGCCUGGGCAGCGAUGCGGCCGCCAUCCGGGAUGCCUUCCUGACACGGCUGCAGAGCAAGACUGAAGACAUGAGGAUCAAGGUGAUGAUCCUGGAGUUCCUAACCGUAGCCGUGGAAACCCAGCCCGGCCUCAUCGAACUCUUCCUCAACCUGGAGGUCAGGGAUGGCACGGAGGGGUCAAAGGAGUUCCUGCUGGGGGAGUGGAGCUGUCUACAGGUGGUGUUGGACCUGAUCGACUCCAGGCAGCAGGGGAAAUACUGGUGCCCUCCCCUCCUGCACCGUGCUGCCCUGGCGUUCCUGCAUGCCCUGUGGCAGGACCGGCGAGACAGCGCCAUUUCGGUCCUACGCACCAAAGAGAAGUUUUGGGAACAUUUGACCACGCCUCUUUUCGGGACCCUCCCCUGCCCCUCAGACAGUACAGAGCCUUGCGUUCUGGAAACUUGUGCCUUCGUCAUGAAAAUCAUUGGCCUUGAGAUUUACUAUGUAGUCAGUGGCUCUCUGGAGCCGUCUCUAAAGGAGGCGCUGCAGAGGUUCUCCAGCGGACGGCGCUACGAGUACUGGUCCCAGUACGUCAAGUCCCUGGUGGCGCACGUGGCUGAGGCAGAGGACGAGGCGGUGCGCUCCUUCUCCGAGACCCAGAUGGUCAUCUCAGCCUGGCGCACGUUGCUCAUUCUCUCCACCAGUCACUCAGAUGUGAUGCAGUUAAAGGAGGACUCGGUCAGACUGAAGCUCUUCAUGGAUGUUCUGGAAGGAACCAAAGCAGCUCUGUUGGUGCCUAUGUCUGUGCCCUGUCUACGUCUGGGAUCCAUGAUGGCUACUUUGCUGCUGAUCCUCCUCAAACAGUGGAGAAGUGUGGUGGCUACGGCCCCUGACAUCCUGGCCCCCCUCUCUCUGAUACUGGAGAGUGUCCUGCAGGCUGACCAGCAGCCAAUGGAGAAGACCAAGGCCAAGGUGUUCUCUGCUCUCAUCUCUGCCCUGCAGAUACAGGGACUCAAUGGUGGGGAGAUCUCCCAGCUGCCCCAGCUUUUGGUGUCCGUGUGUGAGACUGUGCAGGACGAGGCGCUGGCACUGAUUGACAGCACGCGUCACAUGACCCAGGCUGGAGACGUCCUGGAGGACAAGGACAGCAUGGAGACGGACGCGGUGCGCAGUGUUCAGAAGGACCAGAGGGACGGGGUGUGUGUGCUGGCCUUACACCUAGCCAAAGAGCUGUGUCGGGCCGACCAAGACGGGGAACACUGGGUUAUAGUGAUGAGGAAGGUUCCGGUUCUCCACUCGGUUCUCAGUGUUCUGGAACUCAGCCUGCGCUCCAAACAGAAUCUCUACUUCACUGAGGCUGCCCUGCACCUGCUGCUAACGCUGGCACACACACCACAGGGGGCAGCAGCAGUAGCUGGAGCCGGUGUCCUCCAGAGUAUCUGUCUCCCUCUGCUUAGUGUCUACGAAGUUCCCUCCAACGGAGCCUCACAGGGUUUCUCCCGUAGGUCCCAGGACAGUCCGUGCUGGCCUGGGGUUUAUCGUCUGUCCAUGUCCCUCAUGGAGAGCCUCCUCAAGACGCUGCGCUACAACUUCAUCAACGAGGCCCUGGACUUUGUCGGAGUUCACCAGGAACGCAUCCUGCAGUGUCUGAAUGCAGUGCGAACGGUCCAGAGCCUGGUGUGUCUGGACGAGGCCGACCACACGGUGGGGUUCCUGCUGCAGCUGUCCAGCUUCUGCAAGGAGUGGCAGUUCCACCUGCCCCAGCUGCUCCGGGACGUCCAGAUCAAUCUGUGCUACCUGUGCCAGACGUGCACUUACCUGCUCCACAGCAAGAAGAUGCUCCAUCACUACCUUCAGGCUAAGAACGGGGACGCGUUGCCUCCCGGCGGCUGUGCCCAGGCGGCUCCUCACACCCCCUCCAAGGCCUCGGGCGGAGCGGCGGGGGCGGGCGGGGAGAGGGAGGAGGCGGAGCAGAAGGCUCUCCUGGCGGUGCAGUGCAGCCUGCUGAAGAUCCUCAGUAAGACGCUGGCCACACUGCAGCGCUUCACCCCCGACUGCUGCCAGAUACUCCUGGACCAGUGUAUGGACCUGGCUGAGUACAGGACUCUGUUUGUGCUGAGUUUCAACACCCCGGUGUUUGACUCUGACGUAGCGCCUUCCUUUGGAACCCUGCUGGCCACCAUCAAUGUUGCCCUGAGCAUGCUGGGAGAGGUAGAGAAGAAGGAGCCGGGGUCUCUGAGUGCAGUGUCCCUGGGCUCCUCAGAGGAAACCCAAGCCCUCAAGUCUCUGCUGGUGUUCACCAUGGAGAACUGUUUCUACGUGCUCGUCUCCCAGGCUGUCCGAUGUCUGAAGGACCCCGGCAUCGCCCCCAGAGACAAACAGAGACUCAAACAGGAGCUAAGCUCUGAACUGAGCACGCUGCUGUCCACCCUGGCCCGCCACUUCCGCCGUGGCUCCCCCUCAUCCCCGGCCAGUGGCAUGCUGGCCUCCCCCCAGACCAAGCCCACCACCCCGGGCUCCAAGUCCAGUCAAGAGGGUCAGGAACCGUUCAUCCAGCUGGUGCAGGCCUUCGUACGACACGUGCAGCGAUAGAAUGGCCACAUGGCCCCGACUUUCUACUGACCAGGAAGACCUCUGGGUCGGGAAAAACUUUUGUAUUCUGCUCACGCUCGGACACAACUCCCUUUACCAUACCAGAGUACUGUACCAUUCAAGUUGGAUAAAUCACCCCUGGUGUACUGAACCUGUAUAGGGAUCACACCUGACCUUUCUCUUCUGAAUGUGUAAGUACUGAAUUAUACUUUUCACAGUGCAACGGUCCAUUCAUUCUCCUCACUUUGUACUGAUGUCCGUCAAACAAGCCACUAUUAGUCUACUGACGUGUAGUGAUUUAGGCCAGAUUUCUGUAACAUCUUAAUGCCAACACUGUUUAUGAAAUGCUCCCAUCCAAGGUAGGGAGAACUAAUGUAUAACAAUUGUGCUUUCAAGACAACUCUGAUAGACCUAAAUUAUUUGGAAGACAGCGAACUGUUAGUUGGAAAAGUCAGAACUCAAGAAUGCUUUUGCCAGUUG